GUGCUCAAAACCAUCAUGAAGUUUACUCGCAGUUUGUGGCUCGCUCUCUUGUUCAACGCGUCUUUCUUUGCCACAGAAGGCACAAUAAUUGUUUAUCCGAAGAUGCUUGAAAGCCGAUCUGAAGAUGGGGUUAAAAUUUUGAAGAUAAGUGACGGUAUAACGCUGAACUUGCGGAAAUGCUCAGUCUUUCCGAAAGAAUUUAUGAUUCACACAACUGAAGAUGGUCAACCCGUAGCGUACCACAUGCUUGGUUCAGAAAUGGAGAAGAACUUGUAUGAUGACAUUGGGCAGAUGGCAGCGGUGCAUGUCUCGGAAGAGGAUGGAGUGAAGGUGGAGGGUGUCCUCGGCCACACAUUGCGUAUAAAACCUUUAGAGGGAAGCGAGAGAUCAUUCAGUGGUGGAAUACCUCAUGAACUAUACGAGAUUCCCGACCCAACGAGUAAACUCACCAGAGAUGAUUACUCGAUUCCAAAUAUUAGUGCGAGGGAGCGAGUCGUGGAAUCUCGAACGAACUGGUACAAAUCACCCCGUUUACCAUUGUUAAUCAACCCUGAACUUCACGUCGUCGUUGAUUACGCCAUCUGCAAAUUGCUGAAAUUUGUUGUCAAGAAAAUUGCUCAGUACGUCGCCAUCAUGACGGCUUCGGCCAAUUUGCGUUAUCGAAGCAUGAUUCAGCCGAGGGUACAGCUGCUGAUUGUGGGCGUCACCGUGACAAGAACGCAAGAAGAGGAGCCUUAUAUGUUUUAUGUACCUGAAUAUCGAGCUACAAACAAUAUUCUUCAUCAGGAGACCAGAGUCAAUUUUCGCAAACACGUAAUGCAGAAAACGUAUUUUGCGCAUGCGGACGUUGUGUUUCUACUUUCUGGGUUAAAUUUCUCUGUAUGGGAAGGUAGCGUCUUACAAACUUGGGUUGGAGGAUCUGCUUACCUUGGUGGAGUGUGCACGGAAUAUAAAGUUGGCAUCUCCCAAGACACAGCGGGAAGCUAUUUCGGAGUACACGUCUAUGCGCAUGAGAUUGCACACAGUCUAGGCUGUCAACACGAUGGAGAAGGUGCCGACAGCUGGGUUUACGGGAACAUUGGGUCCAAAGAUUGCGACUGGAACAAUGGCUACAUCAUGAGCUACAAGCAUCACGAGUAUAACAGGUUCAGGUUUUCCGAGUGCUGCAAGAGAGAAAUUACGAAUAUGUACAAUCGCCCAGAGUAUCGGUGCCUCAUUCAAAAAAAUCGCCUGAAUACCGGAAUAUAUACUUCCAAACUCCCAGGCACCGUGAUGAGUCGUCAAAAAUAUUGCGAACUAAUGAAUGCAGAAUACACCUACGUUAAGCUAGACAAAACAUACAAGGGAUUAGUUUGUGUCUUGAAGUGCUUUCUAAGCAGAAAUGGACAGAGUAGGCUGCUUUACGCUGUCGAUGGAGCAACAUGCAGCAAAGGAAAGUUUUGUGUUCUGGGAAAUUGUACAUCUAAAGCGGAGUUAAAGAGAGCAGAAUAAAUCAUAUAUCAUCAGACUCUCUUCGCAUCUUCAAAACCUUGGCACCUGAUGAAAUAAAGACAGUCUGCCUAAAAAAAUGUCCUCACCCUCUGAGUCUCACUAUUAU